GCACGAAUAGUUAUUAUUAUUCGGAUUUCAGGACGAAAUUAAUUUGGUAUCUUACGUACCCAAAAAGAAUAAGGCUGUGAUAAUUCUUUCUUCUGUUGAUGACAAAGGAGAGGUUGACGAGGCAACAAAUAAGCGAACCAUCAUUUUGGAUUAUAACAGGACGAAGAGUGGUGUCGAUACUGUCGAUCAAAAAUGUGUCUCUUAUACAACCCAGAGAACCACUAGACGAUGGCCCCUUGCAAUAUUUUUCCGCAUUCUUGAAAUUACUGGGAUAAACACUGAAAUUGGAUUCAAUAAUACUAAACCUACAGAAGAGUCUCCUAGAAGACGAAAAUUCUUAAACGAAUUAGGCGUGCCUCUAAUGGAACACUUCCAAAAGACAUUAGAGAAUUUCUUUCGCGAUACCAAACUACUGUUGAUGAGGUACCUGCAA